CGCGCCGUGCUCGACUCCACCAACGCCGACGGCAUCAGCGCCCUGCACCAGGCCUGCAUCGACGAGAACCUGGAGGUGGUGCGCUUCCUGGUGGAGCAGGGAGCCACCGUGAACCAGGCAGACAAUGAGGGCUGGACGCCCCUGCACGUGGCUGCCUCCUGCGGGUACCUGGACAUUGCCAGGUACCUCUUGAGCCACGGGGCCAACAUUGCUGCGGUCAACAGUGAUGGGGACCUGCCGUUGGACCUGGCUGAGUCAGAUGCCGUGGAGGGGCUUCUGAGGGCGGAGAUCGCCCGCCGAGGUGUGGAUGUGGAGGCUGCCAAGCGGGCUGAGGAGGAAUUGCUACUUCACGACACGAGGUGUUGGCUGAAUGGGGGGGCCAUGCCAGAGGCCCGGCACCCCCGCACUGGGGCCUCUGCCCUGCAUGUGGCUGCAGCCAAGGGCUACAUCGAGGUGAUGAGGCUGCUCCUCCAAGCAGGCUACGAUCCAGAGCUCCGGGACGGAGAUGGUUGGACCCCCCUGCAUGCAGCCGCGCACUGGGGUGUGGAGGAUGCCUGCCGCCUGCUGGCCGAGCAUGGAGGGGGCAUGGACUCGCUGACCCACGCGGGGCAGCGUCCCUGUGACCUGGCUGAUGAGGAGGUGCUGAGCCUGCUGGAGGAACUGGCCCAGAAACAGGAGGAUCUUCGGAACCAAAAAGAGGCUUCGCAGAGCCGAGGCCAAGAGCCCCAGGCGCCCCUGAGUGGCAAACACCGGAGGAGCUCCGUGUGCCGCCUGAGCAGCCGUGAGAAGAUCUCCCUGCAGGAUCUGUCAAAGGAACGCCGGCCUGCUGGGGCUGGGGCGCCCCCCAUUCGAGAUGAUGAUGAGGGAGAGGAGAGCCCCACAGAACCUCCCUGCCCAGAGCCAAGGGCCCUCAAUGGCGUGUCCUCCCCACCGUCCCCAGGCCCCAAAAGCCUUGCGCUGCCGGAAGAGGCUGCCUUCCCUCGCCGCUUUGGUCUCCAGAAGACAGGCAGCUCCAGUGCCCUGGGACCCACAGAAAGGCGGGGGGUCGAGGGAGCCCCUGGGGCUGGGCUGCAGCGCUCAGCCUCCUCUUCGCAGGUGGAAGGGACCUCUGCUCAGGUCCGGGAGCCACGACUUGCCAGGAUUCCCCCUACUCCCUCCAGGAAGGUUCCAGAUACCGCUCCUCUGUCUGACCCCGCCAGGCCCCCUCCUCCCUGUGCAGGAGGGCCUGCGUCCCCAGCCAAGCCCGAUGUUCCUGCCGACUCCCGGGACCGGCGGAGGUCCUACCAGAUGCCUGUGCGGGAUGAGGAGUCAGAGUCCCAGCGGAAGGCUCGCUCCCGCCUCAUGCGCCAGUCCCGGAGGUCCACCCAGGGCGUGACUCUGACAGACCUGAAGGAGGCAGAGAAGGCCGCAGGGAAGACCCCAGAGCCAGAGAGGUCAUCGAUGCUCAGCUUGGACCCGCCCCAGAGGCCCCGCGUGCCUGGUGUGGAGAACUCUGAGGGCCCUGCCCAGCGAGAGGUGCCCGACGGGCAGGGCCCAGGACCACUGGCUGCCAGGGAGCACAGCAAGCCCAAGGCCAGCAGAGAGCGGAGGGGGCCUGCGGAGGGGGAGGAGGCAGAGCCGGGGGACUACAGUCCUGAAGGCAGUGCCGUGGAUGGUGGCAUGGCCCGCAGGCAGCGCGCCCAGCAGGACCUCCACCCAGAGCCGCAGCCGGGGCCUGAAGAGCCAGAUGGAGGCUUCCGGAAGCUAUAUGCAGAGCUGCGCCGGGAGAAUGAGCGGCUCCGAGAGGCCCUAACGGAAACCUCACUGCGGCUGGCACAGCUCAAGGUAGAGCUGGAGCGAGCCACGCAGCGGCAGGAACGCUUUGCUGAGAGGCCGGCUCUCCUGGAGCUGGAGAGAUUCGAGCGCCGGGCCCUGGAGCGCAAGGCUGCGGAGCUGGAGGAGGAACUGAAGGCCCUGUCCGACCUCCGCGCUGACAACCAGCGGCUCAAGGAUGAGAACGCAGCGCUGAUCCGGGUCAUCAGCAAACUGUCCAAGUGACUGCAGAGCCCCGCACCGCAUCUACGCAGCUGCUUCUGACACAUGCACCCCGCCCCCGUGACCACGAGUGACCGGGCUCCGGGGGACGCCCCUGAGAAGCCAUAACCCCCUCUGGGGACCUCAGGACCCAGAGGGAAGCACAGAGGCUAGGAGUCAAGGGGGCCCAGGCCAGGAGGGAGGCGGGGCUGAGCCAGGUAGGGGGAUGUUGCCAAAAGGAGACGGGGGUGGGGGGCCAGAGAAGGGACCAGGAGGAAGCUAGGAUCAAGCAGCCCGGGGAUCACUUGCCAAGACCCGCGGCCACCGGGGCCCACUGCACGUGUGAUGCCACCCAGCACCCCUCCCAAGCAGGGAUCCAGGAAUGUGCCAAGAGUCCUGCCCAGCCUCUGCCGACUGGGUGUGGACAUAGGGUCCAUGUGCAAUAGGGAGGAAUGUCUUCUAUUUUUGCUGCCCCUUCCCCACCUGUUUUGGGGAGGGGGAGAAGGUAUUUUCGAGACAAAGCACAGGCACAAAUAAAAACGAUAACAUUGCCA